AAUAUUGGACGACGAUUCCAGCACUCAUCUGGACGCUCUGACGUGAUAUUAAAUGGAGUUGGAGAAAUGGAGAGUUCGCCAAACAUACCAGAGGAUGAGUCCCGAACUUCUAAAGUCUCUGUACCCCCGUCAAGGACAAGAAUAUGGGUAGAAUUGUUUGAAGAAUGUCUGAAGAGCCAUUGCAGAGCAUUGCAGAUAGCGAACGGAACUCCACAACGGGCACCCGAACGCAAACGAGAGAUCCAUCUGUCGGUCUUUCCCUCAUUUAUGCCUGCCUACCGAAUACGUCUACGUAUUCUUCGUGUAUGGCAGCCGACUGGUUGGGCUUUCCCGGCAACGGAUGUAAACAAGCUUCCCCACCUCCUAGAACACCUAGCAUUUUUGCAGACUACCGAUGGCUAUACGAGCCCAUGGGCUGGGUUUUUAUGCACCAUUCGGAGUUCUGGAUACCCGUGAGUUCGGUGCUUGACUUCAGUUGAUAUCCGUCGAUCGGUGCAGGUUGUACUGCUACGUGGCACACUCCUACCCAGGCUACCUAGGUGGUUAGUUACUGGUUCGAUUGUACCAGUUUGACGCAACGUGCUCAGUGGUGGUUAGUGUCCGUGUGGUGGUUGAAGAAUCUAGGCAGCGAAAUCAACGUAUCUCUAACCGCAUCCCACAACCAAACCUCAACCAACAAGAUAAAACAUGGCUGCAGGCAUGCUGGUGAUCAUCAAUCAACUGGUUGCCUGCUAAACGACGCAUCAUCACACGUUGGAUGACGAGGAUCUAGUACACUGGACACAGUGGACAUAUUGGACGUGGCCCACCAUUCUUCCAGCUGCAACGCGACAUGCUAUCACCUGCCAACCUGGAUGAAAUUAAGGAACGCAUCAGCAAAAAUGAAGAAAAAAUUAAUGUCCUGCAGGCUAUCAACAAUGUACUGAAGGAGCGUCACGAGAUCGAGUCCAACUACAAGAAUCUAGCGCUCAAGUUCAAGGAGAUGCAGGAAGAGGAAGCGCUCCGUCGAGCGAAGGUAUGUAGUUUUGAUGAAGCGCGCAAGAAGCAGCUGGCUGAGCUGCAGGCAAAGGGAGAAGCGCUCUGCCGGGAGAAGGCAAAACUGCAGCACCAGAUCGAGCACGUCACCUGGCAUCUGGAGGGAUGCCGCAGGCGUCGCCCGUGUUUGGCUCGAUUGCCCGAGAACUGUCCACUGAAGGGUGAUGCACCGAGCUGUCUACCCCAUUCGCCGGAGAAGUUAAAAAUCAUGGCAAACAUGAAAAGCACUGCCGAUCAUCUAGUGCGAGGCAUUAUGGAUCUACGGAAAAAGAUUCACAUCGUGCAGGAUAAACUGGAGCAUGAAGUAGCGCGCAAGAAGGAGAUGGAGAAAAAGUUGUCAGAACUGCGGAAGGAGAUCUGUCGCCAUAACAAGUGCAUGCAGCAGCAGCAGCAACAGCACCAGCACCAGCAGCAGCACCAUCAACAGCAGCAUCACCAUCAUCAGCAGCAGCAGCACGGUCACCACCAUCACCAUCAUCAUCAUCACACCGUACCGGCCGGUGUUGGCGGUGGACACGGUACGACGUCCCUGCCACCGAUUACGAAAAAUUGCGUCGCGACCAAAUAGCAGCGGGUGAAUUCCGAAAGCGUCAAGCCCGAUCGCCACCAGUGUCCACACGGGAAGUAUAUCAAGCUGCCGAGAGCAACUUCCAACACGACGUCGUGAUAUCAGCACGGUUGAGUGGACCACGGACUUGUUUUUGGGAAUGGACGGGAACACCCCAUCAAGAUUGUGUAGCUAAGACACUUUUGGGCCAGCGCUUUUUUGGAAUUCAACAGCAAGUAAUCUCAACGUUUCGGUUUUACACGCAUCGUACGUACUAUGUAACAUUGUAUAAGAAAUAAGCAAUCGUAUUGCAAAGGGAGUUGUGUUUGCCACUGCCACUUAUUGUUUGUUAGAAUGGCUUUAGCUGCAAAAAAAACCCCCGAAUGGUGAUACAUUACAUCCUCCUCUUUACUUAUCCUCCAUUCGAGAUUUUGUCGUCUCCGUCGUUGCCCUCGCCGACGUUAACAAGAUAGCAAGUAUAAUGUGUUGCUCGGUAUAGUUACCAAUAGACGAAAAAAAGAACAGAUUAUAUAGAUCUAGCUAUGAUAGUCGUUAUUGUUUUGUGCUCGAAGUAAUAUAGUUAUAGCACCGAUAUAUUAACCCAAAACCCGAUGCAUUAAAUGCAAAUCACUGCAGAGAAGAGGACGUUGAGAAUUAGACGUGUGUGCGCAUCUGCAUGCCGUACCGCUUAGCUGGUUAUACACAACCUAUAAUAUAGCACGGAGAAGGAGGAGAAGUCAGGAUAGCGAGGAAAGUGCUAUUAGCGCAAAUGGAUGAUCUCCUAUGCUUGUCUGAUUGUAUCCUUAAGCUGUAUGUGACACAUGUUCGUCUCUCUGGUACUAUAACCUCAAGAGGACUUAACGCAUUCGUAUCUGGAUAGUCACUAAACUGACCAGCCUAUUGACGGUGCAUUGCGUUAAUACCUUGCUUGACUUCUCCCUUCCUUCUGCUCUAUUUAUUGUACCAUUCUUGUUUAUCAUGUUAUGCAAAAUCGAUUUUAUUCUGAAUAAAAGGAUGCUCUGUGUAGUCAAUAUACGACAACAAUCAUUUGCAUCUGAUAAGUUAAUCAUUUCCUUCAAUCAUCUCACCGUACUGUGUUCAUACAUCUAACAUCUAGAAAAAUAGCUAUUUUUGC